GCCCUCGCCCCCCGCAUCCCAUCCCCGGCCCAACCGCACGCCACGCACGACGUCCUUAUAUGCACAACCCAACCCCCGCGGCAGACCGAGACCGACGCGGGAAGAGGGGAGGAAGAGGCCCAGGAUGCCGGACGGCGGUGGCGGUGGCGGUGGCGGUGACGGGUCGGACGGCGCGGGGAGGAUCAAGGGGUCAUGGAGCCCCGAGGAGGACGAGCUGCUGCGCGACGCCGUGGCGCGCCACGGGGCCAGGAACUGGACCGUCAUCAGCGCCGAGAUCCCCGGCCGGACGGGCAAGUCCUGCCGCCUGCGCUGGUGCAACCAGCUCAGCCCCGGGGUGCACCGCCGCGCCUUCACGCCCGACGAGGACCGGGUCAUCUUCGAGGAGCACAGCAAGCACGGCAACAAGUGGGCCACCAUCGCGCGCAAGCUCCAAGGCCGCACCGACAACUCCGUCAAGAACCACUGGAACUCCACGCUCCGGAAACGCCGCAGGGCGGCCGCCGCCGCCGCCGCCGCUGCCGCGGGCAACGGGCCCGUCUUCGCGCCUGUCGCUGCCAUGUCCUUCCAAUCUGUGGAUCUCACCAAGGGUGGGGAGGACGACUACGAGGACAGCGACGGCUCGGUGGAACCGCCCGCCAAGCGCCAGCACCCGGACGUCGGCGGCGCCGUCCCUCCCGCCGUGAAGAACCUGGACGACCAGGCGCCGCCGCCGCCCGACCCGCCCACGUCGCUGUCGCUCAGCCUGCCGGGAACCGGGGCCAGUGCCGUCACCCCGCCGGCUCCCCCGGCGCCGGCGACGGCGCCGACGACGACGAUGGACGCGUGGAUCAGGGCGACGCUGGAGAGCCCGUGGGUGAAGGAGACGAUGCAGAAGAUGAUAGCCGAGGAGGUGCAGCGGAACCCGAUGUUCAAGGAGGCGAUGGAGCGGGUGGCCGCCGAUGAGGUGCGGCGGCAAAUGGGCAGUACUGUGUGCUCCAUCGUGGCGUCCCUCAGCAGAGCCGGCGCGGGGGCGGCCACCCUGCCGACGGCCAGGAUCGAUCGGGCAGAAACGCACCCGGCAGGCGGUCGGGACCAACGGACGGACGGGUAGGCGCCAAGCAGCUGCAUUGCAAGUUUCACUCAACUCCCUGUUGUUACUCGUCGAUCUCAUUUCAUGCCCAGCUGCAUCUCCGUCUUCAUCUCCAUUUACCGAUAGUACUGUAGAAUCUAGCUAGCCUUUUUUGUUGAUUUACCUUAGAAAUUACAGUACAAGGGAAACAGAAGCAUUUCGGAUGAGUACUGUUUUUCCUGUGAAUUUGUUCGGCCGGUUCGAUCGAAGAUCGGUACUAUUUCCCUGUUGGGGAGUUCGUUCA